GUCAAAGUCAAUAAGCUUACUAUAAAUCUAGACUAAUGGUGUAAUCGUUUACUCUGCUAGUAUCAAACAAAAUCACCAUUUCCUCAAUUAUUUCAUUGAAAAUGGAGGGAAGAAUGGAUAUACAUGAUGAAAAACAUGGAGAAAGAGGAGACUUUGAAAUCCCAAGUAAAAGUGAUGAAAAUGUUACUAAAUUUCAAGUUCAUGACUCAUCUUUGGAUUACAAAGGCAUGGUUCCUCUUCGAGCUUCCACUGGCUCAUGGAAAGCAUCCUUCUUCAUCAUAGCAAUAGAGUUCAGUGAGAGGCUGAGUUACUUUGGAAUUGUAGCAAAUAUGAUAACAUAUAUGACCAAAGUGAUGCACCAAGACUUGGAAACUGCGGCCAAUAGUGUGAAUAUAUGGUCUGGAGUAGCCACAGUUAUGCCUUUGCUUGGUGGGUUUCUUGCAGAUGCAUAUACUGGUCGCUACUUUAUGAUUCUUUUCUCUGCCAUCCUCUACGCAAUGGGUCUAGGAGUUUACACCAUGUCUCAAUACAUUCCAAGCCUUAAACCUUGCGGUGCAACCUCGACUACAUGCGAGAAUGUUAGCAAGGUACACGAGUUGGUCUACUUUCUAGCCGCGUACCUCGUGGCGCUAGCCACCGGCGGUUACAAGCCAUGCUUGGAGAGCUUUGGGGCGGACCAAUUCGACGACAACCAUUCAAAAGAAAGGAAGCAAAAAAUGUCAUUUUUCAACUGGUGGAACAUCGCUCUUUGUAGCGGCCUCUUAUGUGGGGUGACUUUGAUUGUGUAUGUGCAAGACUAUGUUAGUUGGGGACUUGCAUUCUUAAUCUUAACCAUAACUAUGGUUGUUAGUGUCUUGAUUUUUGUUCUUGGAAGGCCCUUUUAUCGUUACAAGACCGCGGUUGGAAGCCCCUUGACCCCAUUGUUGCAAGUAUUGGUUGCUACUGUGGCCAAAAGAAAACUAAUUUGUCCAUCAAAUCCUUCCUUGUUGUAUGAGGCUCCCAGUUCAGGGAAGGUCGAAGGCGAGCGUUUGGGUCAUACAAAUAGACUCAGAUUUCUUGACAAAGCUGCCAUAAUUGAAAACCAUGAAAGUAAUGAAGCAGCCCUAAAGAAACAAAAUCCAUGGAGGCUAGCAACCGUAACACAAGUGGAGGAAUUCAAGCUCAUAAUAGCCAUGGCUCCCAUAUGGCUAAGUUCUUUAGUAUUCGGAAUCGGCGUAGCCCAAGGCACCACAUUCUUCAUCAAACAAGGAAGUGCAAUGGAUAGAAAAAUCUCCAAACACUUUGAAAUCCCAGCAGCUUCAAUGGCCACACUAAUAGCCCUAGGAAUGAUCACAACAAUUGCUUUUUAUGACAAAGUCCUUUUACCAUAUUUAAGGAGAGUCACAGGAAAUGAGCGAGGGAUUAACAUCCUUACAAGAAUUGGUAUUGGCAUGGUGGUCUUAAUCAUAGUAAUGAUUGUAGCGGCCUUAGUCGAGCGACGAAGAUUAGAGGCAUCAAUGGAUGGGAGAAUAAUGAGUGUAUAUUGGUUGAUUCCUCAGUUCUUGAUACUUGGUAUAGGGGAUGGAUUUUCCCUUGUAGGAAUGCAAGAAUACUUCUAUGAUCAAGUUCCGAAUUCGAUGCGAAGCUUAGGGAUGGCGUUUUACCUUAGUGUUAUUGGUAUUGGGAGCUUCAUGACAAGUUUUUUGAUCAUGGUUGUGAAUCAAGUUAGUAGGAUGAAUGGAGGAAAGAAAUGGAUAGGAAAGGAUUUAAAACAUAGUCGUCUUGAUUAUUUUUACUGGUUUUUGAUGGUCAUUUUUGUAAUGAAUCUUUGUGUGUUUGUGUUGUUGGCUAAGAAUUAUAGGUACAAAAGUGUUCAAAGAAGUGUGGUUAUUGUAGAGGAUUGUUUUGAUGGUGAGAAGAAAAUGGAUUUAGGUGGUGUUUGAAGAGAAACAUGGAUAACUUUGACAGUGAAUGUUUGGUCAUAUAAAUGUUUGGUGAGUCGAUUUACACUGAUUGUUCUCACAUUUAAUAUACAAGUCACUCUUUCUUUGUUUAAUCUGUCCAAGUAUCCAACAGAUACAAGUACUUUAAAGAGAAAAAAGAAAUUAACAUGUGGAUCUA